AUAGAGUGUUGUACAUGUAAACACAAGUGAUGUCAGCCCAGGACCCCCGAGCUCGGUACCACUUCCCUGUUCAGAUGGAAGGGAAGAAUGUACACGGGAUAUCUGAUGUUUCCAAGUCCCUGGACACUGGGUCAAUGGAUACAAGUGAACGAAAACACAAUGGCCAAGCCGUGAGCAAAAGUUUUGUCAAAAUGGAUGCAGAGCAGCUCAAGUCUCGCCUCUACUCGUACGGCCCACAGCAAGCCCCACCUAAUCCACAUGCCCUUCAGUUUAAUAGAGUAACAAAGGCCCAGCUGAACAAAGCUAUGAAGACAAAUGUUCCUAAGCUUGAGCCUCUGCCAGGGCUUCAGAAAUACCAAGAGAGGAACAAGCCUGAAUACAUCCAUCAGAAAAACAAAGAGCUGAUAGAGUCUGCCGGAAAAUUGUCAGAGGAGGAACCUGCGAUGAAGAAAGUGAAACGAGCAGGAACGGUGGAUCCACUGGAGAGACCCAUGUCUGCUUCCCCUCUGCCAGAUCUUCCAGAGGAUCUGAAACGGAAACAGGUGAGCAUGGUGCCUCGCCUGCCUUCUCCCCCCAAGGAGCCAGCACCUGAUUCCCCCAGGGGUAAGGUUCACACCUCUCAGGCCUCUGUCCCCGCAUCACGCAGACCUAAAGACAUGAUAACAUUUGAAGGACUGAGCGAUGUGGAUGAAAUCCUGAGAAUAAUCCACACUAAUCCCAAGGCUGGCUUUAUGUACCUCAGUCCCAGUGUCCCUAAGUCCUCCGUCGACUACCAUUACUACAAGCUAAAGGUGGUCAACCAUGACAACAUCUACAGGCCAGACUAUGGCACCAUCAGUAAGCAAGGUGUGACUCGUGUAAGGGUGGACGAUGAGACAGAGUUCAUAUCUGUCGGUCGUUGGGAGCAGGAGUACUAUUUCUUCAAAAAGCUUACACAGAUCCGCACAUUCGCCCUGUUUAGAAAAUGGAAGGCUUUCAAUGUGUGGAGGAAAAAUGUGAGGACUACAAAGAUCCAGAGCUGCAAGAAGAGCCUGAAUGAGAAUCUCUUUAUUGUAAACCCAUCGUUGCGGCCAGCACUGUUGAACGUGAGGGAGAUGUGUCACCGAAUUAGUGAUAUGGGACUGUGUAAAGUGGACAAGGGUCACACGUACUCACUAAUAGAGUUCAGGGAAGCUCAGUUCACACAACUUAACGAGGUGGCGGGUCAUUUGAUGGAAUUCCGUGACCUGGUUAAGGAGGUGGUGAGAUCAGCUUGUAGGACAGCGUUGUUAGAAGCUGGAUUCACCCCAGACGAUUAUUUCUACGAUGGAGAUGAUACCCCAGAUGGCGUAGGGGCCCCAGGCACAGCCUCAACCUACCUGAUGCAAAGUAACUAUGACAUGGACAUCUACGGUGAGGCACCUGACAAGAUGACCUACACAGAACAAGCCAACAAACGCUCACACUGCAAGAGGCUCACAUGUUUCAUUCGGCUUGCUGAUUAUCUGAUUGUGAACACAAUGCAUGUGCUGGCCGUGAACUCUGUGUCAACGUUGCUUAACUACCUGACGGAGCAGCUUCAGAACACGCCCACUUUGCCGCAGAUCCAAGGGCUCGAGGACGAGAAAAAGAAAGAAGACGGUCAAUCAGAAAAGAAUGAUGGAGACGAGGAUGAUGAUGAAGGUGCCCACCAGUUACCUCCCUUGUACAUCACAGAGUUCAUCCUGGAACCUAACCAGCUGUUGUUCCAGCCUGACCUGGAUGAUUUCCAGGAGGGGCUCUCAGAAGUCAUCAAGAAAUUCCAGGAUUGUGUCCUCAGUGUGAUGAACCUGGUACCUGACACAUACUUUGAUGCCUUCACCAGGCCUAUUAUCAACAAUAAGUUUGAGGAGAAGACGUGUGGAGAAGGCCCCAGUUUGGCCACAAUGUUUGAUGAUGACAGACAUCUACAGACAAUCAUCAACAGUCUCAGGGAAGCUGUAUCCGCAGCCUUCAAUGCUGCUAACCAGUAUGCGGACACGUUUGAACCUUACAGAGAGUUUUACAAGGAGAAUGAGACACUUGACCUCGAUGCUGUCAGGUCACAGGAACAUGAUGUGGCAUUCUUUGCCGAGGCCUUGGAAAGGUACCACACACAGCACAAUAUGGCUCAAGGCAUCAAAGAGAAGCGACCAAUAGGAAUGCUGCUGGUGGACGCUGUGAAGAUGAAGAACUUGUUGAUUCCUUCACCUGUCAGGUGUCUCGAUGUGAUAAACGACAUGUUACCAGUUUUGGCCAGGAAAGAGGUCGAUCGUCUGAUUGCAGAGCUGCAGGACGCGCAGUUCAAACUGGAGUUUGUUCCCACAACAACCAUCGAGUUUGUGCAGAACUUAACAUUCCUGGAUGAGAUACAAACGAGGGUUGACCCAUUGGAGAGAGAAGCCAUGAUUGUGAAGGAAAUGUACGAGUUAAUUGACCAGUACACUGUCCCGACUCCACCAGAAGACUUUGCUGUCUACCAGACUCUUGGACCCUCCAUUGUAAACGUGAGAAACGCCAUCGACAAAGCUCUAACUGAGCGCGAUGCCAACAUCGACAAGUUCUGUAACCAUCUGGAUAAGGACAUCGCAGAGCUAGCUAAAGAGGUCAAAGAGGUCAAACAGGAGGCACAGAAUCCUUUGAUCCUGGAUGCCUCUGCGGACAAAGAGAAAGUUAAGGGCAUCCUUACAAAACUGUUGAACCAAAUGGAGGAGCUGCAGAAAAGAGCCUUCACCUACAAGAGCUACCAGAAAAACUUCAAGGUUGAAGUGACAAAGUUUGAAGCCCUGGAGGAAGCUCAUGCUGAGCUCAAGCUGAAGGAGCUGCUAUGGAAUGCCAUAGAUGAGUGGGACGGACUAGUCACAGAAUGGACUGAGGCUCCAUUUGAGACCCUGGACCCUGAGGCAAUGAGCAACACAACCACCAAGUAUGGCAAGUCUGUGUUCCAACUGGAGAAAGGUUUACCCCCCAACCAGGUGGUGCCUAAACUGAAGGAAAGAGUGGAGAGUAUGAAGGAUAAGCUGCCCACGAUUACAGACUUGCGUAACCCGACCCUCAAGCCACGUCACUGGGAGACCAUAGAGCAGGUGCUGGAGUACAGCUUCACCCCAGAGGAUCCCCUCACCCUGGGCAAACUAAUGGAGAUCCAUGCGUUCAAAUAUGCUGAAACAAUACAGGAGGUGUCAGGUCAGGCCAGCUCAGAGGCCAGCCUGGAGAGCAUCCUCAAAAAGGUGGAAGACUCGUGGAAGGCGAUGGAGUUCAUGGUGUUACCACACAAGGACUCUAAAGACGUCUUCAUCCUGGGUGGUACUGACGAAAUCCAGCAGCUUCUGGACGACAGUAACAUCAAUGUGGCCACCAUUGCCAGUUCUCGCCAUGUAGGCCCUAUCAAGCCACGUGUGGAAGACUGGGCUAAGCAGCUCGAUCUAUUUGGUAAAACACUGGAUGAGUGGUUGAACUGUCAGAGGUCGUGGCUGUACCUGGAGAGUAUCUUCAGCGCGCCAGACAUCCAGCGACAGCUUCCUGCCGAGGCUAAGAUGUUUAUGCAGGUGGACAAGUCGUACAAAGACAUCAUGAGGAAGGUUAACAAAGUCCCGCAGGCCAUCAGAGCGGGAACACAACCAGGUCUGCUGGAGACAUUUCAGAACAACAAUGCCCUGUUGGACCAGAUACAGAAAUGUCUGGAGGCUUACCUGGAAUCUAAGAGAGUCAUCUUCCCAAGGUUUUACUUCCUGUCCAAUGACGAGCUUCUUGAAAUCUUAGCUCAGACCAGAAACCCUCUGGCUGUACAGCCUCAUCUCAGGAAGUGUUUUGAUGCCAUAGCUAAGCUGGAGUUUGGGGUACAGGCCCCACAGUCUAGUGAGGGCAAGGGUACCCCUGACACUGGAGAAGGAGAGGUUCAGUUCACUAAUGAUAUCUUAGCCAUGAUAUCACCAGAGAAUGAAAAAGUCAGCCUUGGCAAGGGUCUAAAGGCCAGAGGUAAUGUUGAGGACUGGUUAGGUAAGGUGGAGGAAGCCAUGUUCUCUAACCUCCGCAAACUGCUUAAAAGCUCUAUCGCUGAUUACGAGAAGAAACCCAGAGAGGAGUGGAUUAUGGGACACGCCCACCAGAUUGUUCUGGCAGUGUCACAACUGAUGUGGUGCAGAGAUAUACAGGACAUCCUAGAGUCUGACUUUGACAGACUGGAAGGGAUGAAAGACUUUGAAACCAAGAGUUACGCUGACCUAAACGCUCUGGCCGCUAUUGUGCGUGGUGAGCUGCCCAAACUGGCCCGCAGUGUUCUCUGUGCUCUGAUCACUAUUGAUGUCCAUGCCAGGGACAUGGUCACUGAGAUGGUCAGGAACAAGGUUGACAGUGUGGCUAGCUUUGAGUGGCAGAAGCAACUCAGGUACUACUGGGACACAGACCUGGACAACUGUGUGGUGCGCAUGUCUAACUCUCUCUACAUCUACGGCUAUGAGUACCUGGGAGCGUCCAUGAGACUGGUCAUCACACCUCUAACAGACAAGUGCUAUCUGUGUCUGAUGGGAGCUCUCCAGCUGGACCUUGGUGGGGCACCAGCUGGCCCUGCGGGGACUGGCAAGACAGAGACCACUAAGGAUCUGGCCAAGGCCCUGGCUAAGCAGUGUGUUGUUUUCAACUGUUCUGACGGCCUGGACUACAAGAUGAUGGGGCGUUUCUUCUCUGGCUUGGCUCAGUCAGGGGCCUGGUGCUGCUUUGACGAGUUCAACAGGAUAGACAUUGAAGUGUUGUCUGUCAUCGCACAGCAGCUCAUUACAAUCAGGAAUGCUAAAGCCUCAAAGGUGUCCAGGUUCAUGUUUGAGGGGCGUGAGAUCAAGCUGGUGUCCACCUGUGCAGCAUUCAUCACUAUGAACCCCGGCUAUGCUGGCCGUACGGAGCUGCCCGACAACCUCAAGGCUCUGUUCAGACCCUUCGCCAUGAUGGUGCCUGAUUAUCGCCUCAUAGCUGAGGUGAUCUUGUACUCUGAGGGUUUUGAAUCCUCCAAGAACCUAGCUCAGAAGAUGACACAGAUGUACAAGCUGUGCAGUGAACAGCUAUCACAACAGGACCACUACGACUUCGGUAUGAGGGCAGUGAAGUCCGUAUUGGUGAUGGCCGGAUCCCUGAAGAGACAGAACCCUGACAAGAAUGAGGAUGUGGUGCUGAUUAGGGCACUCAGGGACAGCAACCUGCCAAAGUUCCUCUCUCAGGAUGCCAUUCUAUUCCAGGCCAUCCUCCAGGACUUGUUCCCUGGUGUAGAGAUUCCUGAGCAUGACUACGGUCGUCUGCAGGCAGAAAUCAUCCAUGUGGCUGAGACCCAGGGGCUGCAGCAUGUGGAUACCCAGACUAAGAAGGUGAUUCAGCUCUACGAGACAAUGCUGGUCAGACAUGGUGUCAUGUUGGUGGGGCCCACAGGUGGAGGCAAAACAACAGUGCUCAAGAUCCUGGAGCAAACCUUGAAUAACCUGCAUGCGUGUGGGGAAUUUGACGACCCCUUCUACCAGCCGGUCCACGUGUACACCAUGAACCCCAAGUCCAUCACCAUGGGGGAGUUGUAUGGGGAGGUCAACAAACUCACCCUGGAGUGGAAAGACGGGCUGAUGGGAUUGACAGCUAGGCACUGUGUCGCUGACACGACAGAGGACCAUCAGUGGAUCAUAUGUGACGGGCCAGUGGAUGCCCUUUGGAUUGAGAACAUGAACACUGUACUGGACGACAACAAAAUGUUGUGUUUGGCCAACUCUGAGAGGAUCAAGUUCACGCCUUUCAUCCACAUGUUGUUUGAGGUGCAGGACUUGGCCGUGGCUUCUCCAGCUACUGUCAGCAGGUGUGGGAUGGUGUACAUUGACCCUGAUGAGCUUAAGUGGAUGCCUUAUGUGCAGACGUGGAUCACAGGCUGGAAGAGUCGUCUGAAGCCGGAGAUGAGUGAGUACCUGCUGGACUUGUUCUCACGUUAUGUGGAGAAUGGCUUGAGGUUCAUACAGAAGAAAUGCACGCAGGCCAUCAAUCAGGUUGAUAUCAGCAAAGUGACGAUGCUGUGUAAACUGCUGGAGUCGUUGUUGUUUGGUCGCGGAGGUCCUGACCUCAACAUGGACCCCCAGAAGCUCAAUCCCCUGAUCUGUACCACGUUUGCCUUCUGUUACCUCUGGUCUGUGGGGGGUAACAUCAUCGACUCCAACUGGGACGCCUUUGACACCUUCGCAAGGGGACAGUUUGAGGACAACUCUGAUGCAAAGCUUCCAUCGGGUGGUGACCUCUGGAGUUAUUACGUGGACUUUGAGACACGCCGCAUGGACUCCUGGGAAAAGAUCGUCCCUACAUUCAAGUACAAUCGCGAGACUCCAUUCUUUGAGAUGCUUGUCCCAACCACAGACACAGUCAGGUUUGGUUACCUGCUGGAGAAGCUGUUGGCUGUUAGACACUCAGUGCUGUACACUGGUGGCACAGGGGUCGGAAAGUCUGUGGUGGCACGUGGCUUGCUGAACUCUAUCUCUGACCGGGCUGACUAUGUUCCAGUCUUCAUCAACUUUUCUGCUCAGACCAGCAGUCAGAGAACCCAGGAGAUGAUCGAGUCCAAACUGGAGAAACGCAGGAAGACUGCUCUAGGUGCCCCUAUCGGUAAACGAGUGAUCAUCUUCAUUGAUGACUUAAACAUGCCCAAACUGGACACGUAUGGCUCCCAGCCGCCCAUAGAGUUACUGCGACAGCUGCAGGACUUUGGUGGUCUAUAUGAUCGAGAAAAGCUCUUCUGGAAAGAAAUACAGGAUGUAACUCUGUGUUCUGCAUGUGCGCCCCCUGGUGGGGGCCGUAACAUGAUCACACCCAGAUUUGUGCGUCACUUUGGCAUGCUGUGCUUGCCUCCCCCUGCUGAGCACAGCCUAAAGACCAUGUUCACGGCAAUCCUGUCUGGGUUCCUGCUAGACUUCCCCACAUCUGUGCGACAGUCCACAGAACCCAUCGUGGCAGCCGCAGUCGAGAUUUACGGCAGGAUGAGUACCGACCUUCUGCCGACCCCUGCCAAGUCACACUACGUCUUCAACCUCAGGGAUCUGUCCAAAUGUGUACAAGGUGUCUUACAGGCUGAUCCAGGGGUUAUCCGCGAGCCCAAACAGAUUUUCCGUUUGUUCUGUCAUGAAACGCAGCGUGUCUUUCACGAUCGGCUCAUCAACAGCGAGGACAAACUCUUCUUCCACCAGAUCAUGGCAGAGAUGGCCAGCAAACACUUUGGGGAGAACAUUGAACCUAACUCUUUCAUUGAGAAUCCAAUCAUCUUUGGGGACUUCAUGAAAAUCGGGGCCGAGAAAAGUGAUAGACUGUAUGAGGAGCUGACGGAUAUGACCAAACUCAAGAACAUUCUACAAGAUUACCUGGAUGAUUACAACAUGUCGUCGCAGAAGGAGAUGAAACUGGUGUUCUUCAUGGACGCCAUUGAGCACGCCUCCCGUAUUGCUCGUAUGAUCCGACAGGAGCGAGGCAACGCCCUUCUGGUGGGAGUGGGAGGCUGCGGAAAACAAUCACUUACCAGGCUGGCGUCCCACAUGUGUGGUUACAAGUGCUUCCAGAUUGAACUGUGUAGAGGCUACGACUACACAGCUUUCCACGAGGACCUGAAGAAGCUGUACGACCUGGCUGGUGCUCAGAACCAGAAUACAGUGUUCCUCUUCACAGAUACACAGAUUGUUGUGGAGGAAUUUCUGGAGGACAUUAACAACAUCCUAAAUAGCGGUGAGGUGCCAAACUUGUUUGAGCCGGAUGAGUAUGAGAGACUGGUCAUUGCCUGUCGCCCUGGGGCCAAGGAGGCAGGUAUUCCAGAGGGCAACAGAGACGCCAUAUUUGAUUUCUGCAUUAACAGAGUCAGGAACAAUCUGCAUAUUGUCCUGUGUAUGAGUCCAGUGGGCAGUGCAUUCCGUUCCCGAUGUCGCAUGUUCCCGUCCAUCGUCAACUGCUGUACCAUUGAUUGGUUCACAGAGUGGCCCAGGGAAGCCCUCCUGGGCGUGUCCAAGUCUUUCUUUGAGUCAGUUGAUCUUGGACAAGAUGAACUUAAGGUGAAGAUCUCUGAGAUGUGUGUUGAGAUCCACACUAGUGUCAGCACCAUGGCUGAGAGAUUCUACUCUGAGUUAAAGAGACGCUACUACACCACACCUACCAGCUACCUGGAACUGAUUAACCUCUACCUAUCCAUGCUUAACGAGAAGACCAAAGCCUUGAAGAAUGCCCGAGACCGUGUGAAGAAUGGUCUGAUCAAACUGCUGGAGACCAAUGAGCUUGUGGACAACAUGAAGAAAGAGCUCGUGGGCCUGGAGCCUGUGCUCAAACAAAAGUCUGAGGACACCAACGCUCUCAUGGAACGGCUCGUCGUUGAUCAGGAGAAAGCCGAUGCUGUACGUAAAGUUGUCCUUGAGGAUGAAGCAGUGGCCAAGGUCAAGGCUGAAGAAACCCAAGCCAUUGCUGCCGACGCUCAGCGGGAUCUUGACGAGGCUCUCCCUGCCCUUGAGGGAGCUAUCAAGGCUUUGGAUUCGCUCGAUAAGAACGACAUCUCUGAAAUCCGUGUGUUCAGUAAACCUCCAGAACUGGUACAGACUGUGAUGGAGGCUGUGUGUGUGCUGCUCGGAGCCAAGACAGACUGGCUGUCUGCCAAACAGGUGCUUGGUGACCAGAAUUUCCUGAAGAGGCUGUACGAGUAUGAUAAAGACAACAUUCCCGAUUCCAUCAUUAAGAAACUCAAGAAAUAUAUCGACAAUCCCAAAUUCCAGCCAGAUCAAAUUGAGAAGGUCUCAAAGGCGUGUAAGUCCAUGUGCAUGUGGGUGAGGGCCAUGGAUGUCUACGCUCACGUCUUCAGGACUGUGGAACCCAAGAAACAAAGGCUGGCCUCAGCACAGGCUGAGCUAGAAGUGGUCAUGGGGGCCCUGAGGGAGAAGCAGCAGAAACUUGCCGCGGUCGAAGCACAGAUCGCUGAGCUCCAGAAGACUUACGACAACAGUGUGGCCGAGAAACAGAAGCUGGAGCGUAACAUCUCCACCACGGGCGCACGGCUCAAAAGAGCCUCCAAGCUCACCACAGCUCUGGCCGAUGAACAGGGGCGCUGGAGCCAAAAUGUGGAGGAUUUCAACGUUCAGAUCGGGAACGUGGUUGGUGAUGUGUUCGUCUCUGCCGCCUGCGUGGCGUAUUUUGGCGCCUUCUCCAGUGUGUAUCGUAACAAACUGGUCGAGGACUGGGUGUCACGAUGUGAAGAGCUGGGUAUCCCCGUCACCAAGGGCAUGACCUUGGUGAACGUCCUUGCGGAUCCAUUUGAAAUCCGUCAGUGGAACACAGAUGGACUUCCGCGAGAUCAGGUCUCAACAGAAAAUGCUGUCCUGGUCACCAGGGGGCGCCGCUGGCCACUUAUGAUUGAUCCGCAAGAUCAGGCCAAUCGUUGGGUGAGGAACAGAGAGUCUAAGAAUGGCCUGAAGGUGAUCAAGCUGACAGACCCCACCUUCCUGCGUACCCUGGAGAACUGUAUCCGUAUCGGGAUGCCCGUAUUACUGGAGGAGCUGGGGGAGACGCUUGACCCCGCCCUUGAACCCAUCCUUCUUAAACAGACCUUCAUGCAGGGUGGGCGACUGCUGAUCCGGCUGGGUGACAGUGACAUUGAUUACGACAAGAACUUCCGAUUCUAUAUGACCACCAAGAUGUCCAAUCCCCACUAUCUGCCGGAGAUCUGCAUCAAAGUCACCAUCAUCAACUUCACCGUGACCAAGUCAGGGCUCGAGGACCAGUUGCUCAGUGAUGUGGUGAAGCUGGAGAGACCCGAUCUAGAGGAGCAGCGUAACCAGCUCAUCAUCCGCAUCAAUGCUGACAAGAACCAGCUCAAGGCCAUAGAGGACAGGAUCCUCAAGCUACUGUUUGAAUCUGAGGGCAAUAUCCUGGACAAUGAGGAGCUCAUCAACACGCUCAACGAGUCCAAGGUGACGUCUGGUGUGAUCAAAGAGAGACUGGAAGAGGCUGAGAAGACGGAGUUGAAAAUCUCGCAGGCCAGGGAGAAGUACCGACCUGUAGCGACCCGUGGGUCUGUCAUGUACUUUGUAGUGGCUGACAUGGGCACUGUGGACCCCAUGUACCAGUUCUCGCUCAAAUACUUCAAACAGUUGUUCAACAACACCAUUGAGAACAGUGAGAAAUGUGAUGAUCUGCAGGGAAGGUUACAGAUCUGUCUAAGAGAGACCACGAUGUCUGUGUAUCAGAAUGUGGCCAGGGGUCUGUUUGAGAAGGACAAGCUGGUCUUCUCUUUCAUGCUUUGUGGGGAGAUCAUGAAGACGAGGGAUGAGAUUGACCCACUGGAGUGGAACUUCUUCCUGAGAGGUGCAGCUGGUUCCAUGGACAAGCAACGACCUCAAAAGCCUGACAAGAGCUGGCUUAAAAUUCCCAUCUGGAAUGUCGCCUGUGACCUGCACGACACGAUCCCAGCAUUCAAGGGGAUUAACUCUGAUCUGACCGCUACGCCUGUUUCAGUCACUCUCGGCUCAGUUACUGUGGAUGUCAACCCUGCAGAAGACGAUGAUUACGAACCUUUGCCACCAGAACCCUCUGAGGGUGACAGCAGCGAUGACGCGAAGGUCAAGGGUCACUGGGACAAGAGGCUGACAAGUUUCCAGAAGCUGAUGUUUAUCAAAGCUUUCCAGGAAGAGAAGACAACGUUUGCCGUCACAGACUUUGUCCGUGAAAACCUUGGUCAGGCAUUUGUGGAGUCCCCACCAGUAGGGCUGAACACACUGUAUGCUGACAUGACCAAAGUUACUCCCCUUGUCUUUGUGCUGAGCCAGGGAUCGGACCCCAUGGGGGCGCUGCUAAGGUUCUCCAAGGAGCACGGCUUCUCAGACAAACUGCAGGCCAUAUCCCUGGGUCAAGGUCAGGGGCCUGUAGCUGAGAAGCUGAUCUCUGGAGCUAUCAAAUCCGGAGACUGGGUGUUUCUACAGAACUGUCACUUGGCAGCCUCGUGGAUGUUGUCCAUGGAAAACGUGAUCAAGAAUAUCCAGGAGACGCCGGGAGACAUCCAUGAUGAGUUCCGUCUCUUCCUCAGCUCAAUGCCGGCCAAGGCCUUCCCUGUCACUGUCCUUCAGAAUAGUGUCAAGGUCACCAACGAACCUCCUAAAGGGCUUCGGGCCAACACCCGCCGGGCAUUCGGGGAAAUCACACCUCAGUUCUUUGAGGAAAACAUUCUAGGCUUGAACUGGCGUAAGAUGGUCUUUGGCAUCUGCUUCUUCCAUGCCAUCAUACAGGAGAGGAAGAAGUUUGGACCUCUGGGAUGGAACAUUGGGUAUGAGUUCACAGACAGUGACAGAGAGUGUGCUCUGCUCAACCUGCAGAUGUUCUGUUCAGAUGGUGAAAUACCCUGGGACGCUCUCAUCUACAUUACAGGGGAGAUCACGUACGGUGGACGUGUAACAGAUGCCCAGGAUCAGCGUUGUCUCAGGACCAUCCUCAAAACAUUCUUCUGUCCCAAGACACUCGAGGACGGCUACAAAUUCUCACCAUCAGGUAUUUACUACGCUCCUGUAAAGGACACUCUCACAGAGUACAGAGAAUACAUCGAGGGUCUGCCCCAAGUGGAUGAACCAGAGAUCUUUGGAAUGCAUGCCAAUGCUAACAUUGCCUUCCAGACCCAAGAAACCAACAGCCUGGUGUUCACAAUCCUGGACAUGCAGCCUCGCAUAUCAGGCAGCAGCUCCGGACGGUCCAACGACGACAUCGUGUACGACUUAGCCGAGAGCAUCAUGCAAAAGAUCGUGGACAAACUAGACUUGGAGCAAGCCAACCAGGAAAUGUUCAAGCCUGAUGAGAAGGGUCGCCUUAACUCUCUAACCACAGUACUGACACAGGAGGUGGACAGGUUCAACAAGCUUCUCAGAGUCAUCAAGAACUCACUUGUUCAGCUACAAAAGGCAAUCAAAGGGUUUGUGGUGAUGAGUGACGAGUUAGAGUUAGUCUACAAUGCCUUCCUGAACAACCAGGUACCAGGGCUGUGGGCGAACGCCGCCUACCCCUCGCUGAAGCCCCUGGGUAGCUGGGUGCAGGACCUCGUCCUCCGCUGUGCCUUCAUCAACAACUGGAUCGUCCACGGACUGCCCAAAUCUUUCUGGAUGUCAGGAUUCUUCUUCCCUCAAGGUUUCUUGACGGGAACAUUACAGAAUCACGCUCGUAAAUACAACCUGCCCAUCGAUCACCUCAGCUUUGAGUUCUCUCCCCUGCCACAUUUCCGUGACCAGAAGGAGGUGACCAAGGCCAUGGCUGAGCUCAAAUUUGGAGAAGAGAUUGAAAUGGACAAAGUCGUCCCGACCCCUGAAGAUGGGAUCCUCGUCCAUGGGAUGUUUAUGGACGGCUGUCGCUGGGACCUUGAGAACAUGGUGGUGGGUGACGCGCUCUAUGGUGAAAUGAACUCUCCCCUUCCCAUGUUGAAGAUGGAGCCUAAGAUGGACUUUGUUCCUGACCCCACAAACUAUGUGGCUCCUCUGUACAAGACAGCUGCCAGGGCAGGGACCUUGUCUACCACAGGUCAUUCCACAAACUAUGUGGUAGCUGUCUACCUUCCGUCUAACAUGCCACAAGAUUACUGGAUAGCCAAGGGAGCAGCUUUAUUGUGUCAACUGAGUCAUUAAUUAUGCUUGUCAACAGUAGAAUCAACCAAUCAAAAAGUGACUUUCAUUAUCUCAAGCCAAUCCAAAAUGUUCAUUCAAAACAGCCAAAGAAUGGAUUUGUUUGUACGGAUUAGGCAGUAUUUGAAUUUGACACAAAUUGCAUCCCAUUUAAAUAGUGUUUAACAUGCGGAGGGAAGAGCCCAUUUCACCUGGUAAAAUGUAUUAUGUUUGGUUUAGGUUUUUAGAAAUUUAAACAACCUGAAGUGCUUAGAAAAAGAACUGUACAUAUCUUUCUAACAUCUGUGAUACGUAGAAAAUAUGUAUUUAUUUAUAUAUUUCUUUGAUUUGUUUAUUUUUGUUGAAGUAUGUUUAACUGUCUGUUGAAAUGUGAAUAAACCAGAUAAUAUUUACAGAUCCAUUGGCUAAUCUUAUCUACACUUUUAGUGAAGUGGACAAGACGCGACAGAAAUCCAUUAUAUCCUAGUGGAAGUUAUUACGUUUUGGGACAUUUUUUAAUAUAAUUAUUUUGGGUAAAUAAAUUGAAGAAACAGACUACUGUGGCUGUAAUCCUUAUAAGUUUUGCCUCAGGUAAAAAAUAUUAAAGAAUAUGUUGCCCUUUAAAAUACAACCACCUGCUUAUUCCAACGGUACAAUAUUACAUUUAUCGGCCAAUUUCAUGUGAUAUACAACUUUCUCAGAGACAUAAUUUAAUGAAUUUUCCAAACCUCCUUCUGUCUGUGAUAUUUGCCAAUUUCUGCACAUGUGCGUGUAUAUAUUUUGAAAUUGUUUGAAACACAAAAUAAUAAUAUACUGCUCGCAAUGCAAACGUAAUAAGAUUUAUAUUAAGUACUGCAUUUUUUGUUUGUAAAGUAUUAUGAAAGGGAGCGCAAAAUUCCUUGCGUUUUGUCUUGCAUUUUUUUUUAUCUGCACCGGUUGUCCAGCCUAUACUAAGUUUAAAACUGAUUAUGAAUCUUUCCACUGUGGACAUCUGUAGUUAUACACUGUUCUGACUAUUCCCGUCCUCUCCCUGACUUCCUGUCAGUUGUGAUACCGCCAUAACACGAGAAAUCCGUCCUGCCUUAUUCAGGGUACAGCGUAUUGCCUCCCGUUAGAGCCUAGUGCCUUACUGGACCAAAUUGACGUCUCCAUUUUUUGGAGAAUCGAUCUCUUUUCUUUCCGAUAUACAUGUAAUUAUUCUCAUAUGGUUUUGGUUAAAUUUUUUGCCAAUAUUCUGUGAAAUAAAAUCAAUUG